AUGGGUCAAAUCCAAGGUAUAUCACUUAACAAGGCUUUGUUGGAAGGAAGGGGAGCUGCUAUAGUAGAGUUGCUGACUUUCAUACAGAGGAUGAUGACCAGAUGGUUUUGUGCAAGAAGGAAAAAGGCUGAGAAACACAGGGGUUUGGUUAGCGUUGAAGUGGACAAACAGAUGACAAAGAACAUGGCAACUAUGAAGGGGAGCAAGAUAAAUGCCGUGAAUAGCUGGAGCAGCCAAAUUUUGGGGAAAUUUGGAAGAUCAGACAAAGUGAUGCUAGCAGAGAGGAAGUGUAGUUGUACGUAUUUUGAUAAUAUCAAAAUCCCGUGUGGCCAUGCUAUGCUUGCAGCUGACGGGAUAGGCGUGCCUUACGACACCUUGUGUGGGCAUUGGUACAAAACGAGUGUGUGGAGGGAGACGUACGCUGGCGUUAUCAACCACCACGGUGCAGCUAGAGAUGUUGAUAUACCUGAAGAAGUGGGCAGUCAGGUUGUUUACCCUCCUAGUACGAAGAGACAACUUGGGAGACGUCGCAAGACACGCAUACCAUCGACGGAGAGAUAA